CUAGCGCUGUUUUUUUCUUUUUCUUUUUCUUUUUUUUUUUAUUACAAUGACACCUUUAUUUUAUAUAAGGUUUUUAAAGCCCCCACCUAGAGAAUGUUUAAUAGGCCAACACUUUACUAUUGUAUGGACGAUCGAAAGCGAUCUUGGUGAUCAAACCUAUUGGGAAACAGUUCCUGUGACUCUAAGCCUUCAAGGAAACUCACAACUUGGUUUACGCGAACUCAACGCUGAUCCAAAAGGCAGUUCAAAGAAGAAAGCAGCGACACUUGCUAAGCCUUAUAUGCAACAAAAAGUAGGACUGUCGCCUGAUAUUCCUAUUGUGUUUGAUCCUUUAAGAGGAGGUGGCAUCGUGACCAAGUUAGUAAUAGAGCAAUUACCGGGAAAGCCUGUUCCUUUAGGUACCAGUGUUCCUAUUCAACUGAGCAUGACGUUAUCGCCUGCUGCUCGUACAAAUAUAACAAGCCAUCCAGUCUGGCAUCAUGCAUACCAGUUUCAAUCUAAUAUAUGGCUUAUUCCUACAUGGUCAAGUCCGAUCGAUACCGUGGCUGGAAAACAAAGACAUACACAAGCCAAAGAAAGUGGGGAUCAAGCAGAGCGUAUCUUGAGAGUGGACAAGUUAAAGACGAUCCACAUUAGAGAAGAUGCAGUUCAGAGCAUUGCAAGACAUGUUUGGGAUUGUGGACUUGGAUUGUGUCAAUUUCUAUCCGAAUACAUGCUAGGUGCAUACAAUGAAAUACUAGAACUUGGUAAAGAUACAUGUCUAUGUAGUGGUAUUGACUGCUUUUGAUAAAAUAAGGAAGUGGCACUGGUCUUGUUGGUAUUUAUGCAGCAGAAGUAGUGCAUGCCGAACACAUCUAUUUGACAGAUUUACCUGAUGCGCUUGAAAUCAUGCAACAAAACGUAGAUUUACUGGCUUCUGCAGACAAACUAAGUGUGUCUGAACUCUCCUGGGGCAAUCUUAAAGAACCGCAGUAUAAAAAUGUGGACCUUGUCUUAUUGAC